AUGCGUCCAAAAGGUCUCACAGAAUCAGAAAUAACACAAAUAAUCAAUUUCGACUGGAAUAAUUCUGAUGAUGAAGAAGGUGAAGAAGAAGAAGAGUUAUAUGAUUCCAAUUUGGAGAGAGUCAUUGAAGACACAAUUAAUCAGGUAAGGACAAGAGGAGAAAACGUUGAACUAAAUUUGAUUACCAGAAUUGUUGAAAAAGAUGUACAUGGAGAAGCUGAUGAAAUAGUUGAAAAUGAAGGGGAUACAGAAAACAUAGUCACGGAAAGUUUUGAAAAAAUCAAUCUGGAGAGCGUAAUACAAGUUCCAAAUUUACGAAUGGCUUGGAUGCCAAACUUCAGAUUAUCAGCUGUUGCAGAUUCUUUAUCAAGAGUUCGCUUUGAGAAAAUCAAAGAAGCUUUUCACAUAAAUGAUAAUACUCAACAGCCGGAACGUGGAUCAGCUAAUUACGACAAACUUUAUAAAAUACGUCCAUUACUUGAUAAAAUGAAAGAGAAAUGCAACAAAAUAAACCAGGAGGAACACCAGAGCAUUGAUGAACAAAUGAUUAAAUAUAAAGGACGUCACAAUCUAAAACAAUACCUACCAAUGAAGCCCAAUAAGUGGGGUUUCAAAAUGUUCACAAGAGCUGGAGUUUCAGGUAUCGUAUACGAUUUUGCUCUCUAUGCAGGAGAAGGAACGUGCCCAUCUUUUGGGUUGGGGAUCUCAUCAGAUAUUGUGUUGCACUUAGCUUCUAAUGUUCGACAACACAAGAAUUAUAAAUUAUAUUUCGAUAAUUGGUUCACUUCUAUAAGCCUGAUGAUUGCGCUAAAAGAAAAAGGCAUUUUGGCAGUAGGAACAAUUCGAAGCAAUCGAAUGAAAAACUGUUGUCUUAUGAAUGAAAAGGAGCUCAUGAAAAAAGGUCGUGGAUCAUAUGAUUUCAAAUUUGAGGUAGCACAUAAUUUAGUUGUCUGCCGCUGGUACGACAACAAGAGCGUUCAGCUAGUCUCAAAUUAUAUAGCUGAAAAACCAGUUUCAGAAUGCAAACGCUGGUGUCGUAAAGAAAAGAAGUAUUUGAAUAUACCUAGACCUGCUAUUGUCGAGUGUUAUAACAAGCAUAUGGGAGGCGUAGACUUGGCUGACAUGUUGUUAGACUUGUAUAAAAUCAACCACCGUUCUAAGAAAUGGUAUAUGCGUAUUGUAUACUGGUGCCUCAGCACAGCAGUAGUCAAUAGCUGGUUGUUGUAUAGAAGAGAUCUAAAAAAUCACGAAGGAAGAACGAAACAUAUGUCGUUGUUGAAUUUUCAAUUGAUGAUAGCAAACGAGCUUCUACACGAUUCUGAUAUUACGCCAGUACACCAACGCAAAAGAGGCCGUCCAUUGGGAAUCCUUUCAAGCAUGCACUCAAAUGCACCGUCACCAGUGUCUCCAGCACCAUCUAACAUUUCAGACGUUUCAUUACAAAGUUCAUCGUCAUCAGCAAAACGAUCAUACAUAGCAGAACCCCCAAAAUCCAUGCGUCUCGAUCAAACUAGUCAUUGGGUUGAAUGGGGAGCAAAAGGAAGGUGUAGAUUAUGCCAUACCGUACCACCAUGGCGCAAUGUUGCUUAUAAGCAACAUCUCAUAACGGUAAAACCAGAAGUGAUAGAAGUUUGA